CCUCAGGAUUGCUUUAAGCGCAUAUUUUAAAGUUUUUUACACGAGGACGUCGGUAGAAUCAAUGGUGUCACACAAUGCAGUUCUCAAGGGUGAUAUUGUUUAUUAUCUGCAUAGGCCGACAAAAAGUGCAUACAUUGGCUCGGUUAUAGCGUCAGAUGUUCAUCCAGCGAGAAAUAGUAAUGAAGUUACUCAUGACAAAUGUGAAAAUGAAAACACGGUUAAAGUAGAUUGGAGGACGUUUGGAUUUAAAUCUAAUAGUAGCUCCAUACCACUCAAUUUAAAAUCAGAUGAAGUUCACUUUUUGGACAGAAGUUAUAUGCCUGGAGAGGUCGUUCAAAACUUAGAAACCAAUAUGAUUGGAACGAUCUCAAAUGUCUGUAUGACAGCCCAUGCAGAAAUACUAGACCACCAGAAGGUCAUGUUCGAUAUUCAGUGUGAUCAUUUAAGAAGUGUAUAUCCAUGGACCACACAUGUUGACGAAAACUAUGUGAUUUGGAACAGUUGGCUCGGUCGGGUGUCAGAUUGUCGUCUUAUGGCAAUCAUCCGAUUUUUGGAUGGAGCACGACUUCUUGUUGGAGAUAAUUGCCUAGAAUGUUUUGAGUCAUUUUUAUCAGUGCCAGAUGAAUAUAUGAAUAACAAUUACGAAGGUAUUUGGUUGAUCGGUGAUGCGUUGGAUUUAAGAUCUAAUGCGAAUUCAUCCAAAUCAAGUAAAUUUGAUUUUCUCAGUUUACCUGUGGAUUCGACCUCUAAUAAAUGUCGUAACACAGAUAAGUCAACAAAUUCAGAAUCAAUGCCACCGUCUGAUGUAUAUAACAGUUCACAUUCAGCCAACAAAACAUUCCCACUUGGACAUCCUAUUAAAUUUCUACAGGCACUUGCACAAUAUCCUAUCACUAAAACAUUCUCUCAUCAUCCUGAACAAAUAACAUGUCUUUUGAAACGUACACCUAUUUUCUUAGUUGAAACACCCGCUCAUAAUGCUGUUUGGCUUUCUCGAUUAAAAUCUAGUGUAGAUGUUGUAUUUUGUGUUGAACAUUUUGCUCCUGUUGAAGCCACUAUUCAUUGGCUCGCUAAUCGAAAUUCACAAUCAGACAAACCGCCUCCGCGUGUGAUUCAUGGAUUGGAUUUGGGAAAUUUAAAAUCAGUCAUUUCAAACUCUUUUAUUAACUGUCAAGUAGGUGAUAUUUGGUACUACGAACUACAGGAAUCUGAUAAAAUUUAUAACAUGAGUAAUUUUACUCGACCUGAGCAAUUGUUAUAUAAAUGGUUCACGAACGAUAUUUCCGGUCUUGGAGCAGUGUUUUCACUUCCACUGAAUGAUGACAAACAGGUGACAGAUCAAGGCAAAUUCAAUGGAAAUUGUGUCAUUAGUAAAAAAGAACUAGGAAAGUCAAUUGUUGAAUCCUCAUCAGUUACUGGUCUGAAAAGUUCAGGAUUAUUAGCAGGAGAAAAAAUGCCAAGCAGGACAACACCGUUUUGGGCACAGGUAAAUCUAUUUGCUUCGCAACGUCGUCGUAGACGAGUAACUGUGGAUCCACGACAUCGUAUUCCUCGCACAGACAUUUUUCAUUGGGCUCACAGAUUUCAUAGAUCAACACGAUCUUUCACUUCAUACAUUGAUAUUAGUGCUGAUGUCUCUAAUCACGAUGGUGAUGCCAAUGUUGAUGAGAACGAUACACUAGAACAAACAAAAGACCAGUCACAAAUACAAGAUCAAAACGAUCAACAACAUAAAAAAAUCGAUCAUGUGAAAGAGAGUAAUCACCAACUGAUAACGUUAACUUGUAAACGUAUUUCUUGUGAUAAUUCAAAUCUGGUUAAUAAACCAGUUUUGAAUCCCGUGGAAAAUACCACGAAAAUUGAUUUAUCUUUGAAAUCUACAAUAGAAGCACGUGUAGUCUCAGGAGAAGCAGUACCAUCAUCACCACCGAUCGCAGUAACUCUCACUUCUUGUACCACUAGUACCACUACUACUGCGGUGAAAGAUCUCAAUGACACUAAUAGAAAUGGAAAUUCUAUUCUGUCGCCAGUGUAUAUUAUUUCGUCAGAUGCUUCAGUAAACAAAUCUACAACAAAUACCACUUUACCAUCAGAUCAAAUAAAUACUGUUGAUGGUGAUGAUCAUAAUCAUGAUAAUAACACUCAUGUCGAGGAAAAAAGAGAACGCUUCUGCAAAAAAACUAGGUUAUCAAAACAUUCAAGGCGUCUACGUGUUCUUCGUCGACAAGCGGAGUAUAUUCAAGAAAAACGCGCUAUUCAUUUAAGAGCUGGCGAUUGGGUACCUGUACGAAUAUAUGCAACUAAUUCACUGUAUGAUAUAAAAUGGAUUGAUGGAUCUGUAUCGAAAGGUGUUGCCUCUGAUAAGAUAAUAUCGUUUGGUGGACACAUAGAGCAUUAUUUAUUUCCUGGAUUUUUAGUUUCUUUGAAAAGUGAUAAAAAUUGCCGUUCACAGCCUAUCCCACCGAAUUCAGUUGUGAAUGACCCCUCCUCAAUAGCAGUUACCGAAACGAUUGAGAAACUAAAUACUGUUCCAUCCUCUACAAUCGAAUUGUCUUGUGAUCACCCUAGAGAUCUUGGAGUAGCCCUUGCUUAUAAUACGAAUGAUCGAACUUGUCUUGUUCAGUGGUUCAAAACUGGAAACUCUGAAACUGGUUCCUUAUGGUGCCCUUUUAAAAGCCCAAUUAAUUUCAACUCCACUACUAUUCCCAUUUCUAUAAUUAACUUUCCAUUGCUGACUAUCUAAAUACGAAUUUAUGUGACUACAUUGAAUUAAAGGCCAAUGAUUCCUCUUGGUUCUCCGGAAGAAAUUGGUGUCUAUGAAAUUUCUGGAUCUGGAGAAUAUCAAAUGAAUUAUGGUGACAUCGUUCUUAUCAAAUCUGCCAGUGAAACUGAUUAUUCAAUUUAUCCUGCUGGUGUUUUAGAAGAUAUUAUUCCGGAAUCAGGUAAACUAGUAAUUCGUUGGAUUGAUGGAACUUCAAGUGAAGUUUAUCGUACCGAUUGUUUACAAGCAAUUGAAGCUGAUGAUGAUUCUACAGAUUAUGAAGAUUCCUUCGACUCAGAAUUCAGCGAUUCAGAUGAUGAAAAAACCGAAAAGUGGGAAUUGUAUUCAACUUCUUCGGAAUCUUCGUCUUGUUCAAGCUUUUAUUCUACAUCUGGUUCCUGCUCUUCGUCUUCUUCAUCUAACGCAUCUGAUAGUAAAGAUGAUAUUGACAGUGCGUGUUUACAAGUUACGCAACCAACAUAUGAAGAUGAUUUACGACCUGUUGGAAUUAAACUUUCACUUGCCAGUCAACACGUUAAAUCUGCGCACAGACUAUUUUCUGAUCGAGUUACAUUUGUUUUGUGGUUAAUGCGGUGUUUUGUUACAAUUUCUGGCAUUGCAGAUGAUAUCCUUGAACAGGUUUACUCAGCACUUCGUAAUGCAGCUCUAAUCGAUCCUACGGAAAUAAAUACUGUUAGUUCUACUUCAUUGAAUACAUCUCAUACUGAAGAUUCGACUAGUGAUACAUCUUUAUUAACUAAGAGAGAAAACGUAUGGAGUGACGCUGAUGAAGUAGAAGCUAUAUCGUGUGUAGAAAUGCUCACUACUGGACGGUCAUUACUCUACGAAGCAUCCCGGUUGAUUAAGGAUUACAGAAUCAGGAAAAUGUGGCACUUGUGUGAUUUUCGUUCCAAUUUAUUCGAAAAACAUAUUGGCGCUAUUCUACGUUUAUUUGAAUCUUUUCCAUUAUCCACACAUGAGCAAGCGAAAUUGUCCGAUCCAGUCAAUUUCGUUUCAUUAAACGAAGAUGUUUAUGGUUUAAACAAGCCAUCGGACAUAGAAUACGCAACAAAAAGUAUCCCUGACGAGGAGACUUAUGUGUCUGGCCAACAAAAUCCUUCAAAUAAUUGCACACCCAGUGCUAUUGAAGUACUAAAUAGAAAUGAAACAAUUCAUUUCUUGCUACGUUCCAACAGAAGAGGAUUGAAAAUUGAAGGCCUACGGAGUAAUUAUACCAUAGCGAUAAGUACUGAGGUAAUUAUAAAAUUGGCCAAAUUUCUACAUAAUCUGCAAAAAGAUAUUCUAGAGCAAUUGACUGAUUUAAAUAAUGGAAUUAUGGCAUGGCUUCAUGAAUGCGCUGCACAAUGUAUCCAAAAAUCAGAUUUGAAUGAUCUUCUAGUGAUAACAAGUAAUACUGAUAUUGCUGAUGAUCAUCGACCUACAAUAGAUAAAUCUGACUCUGAUAAAUGUACCAUUGAACCUGAGUUUAUUAACAAUCACUAUGCCAAUAACCUAGAAGAAAAUAUGAAGUUAACAUGCAAAUUGAAGGCGAUUUCUUCCUCGGAUGUUACAACCUUACCCAGUGAAGCAGUUGCAGAAGACUCGAAAACCGCAAAUGUAGAAAAAUUUAUGUUGGCGAGUUUGUCUUCAAAUAUUGAAAAUAUAUCAAUUGAACCGUUGUCUGUCAAUUUUUCAACAAAAUGUAUUCUUUCUGAUUCAAGUGUAGAGUCACUUCCAGUCGAACAAAGAGGCCAAUUCAUUUUGGAACCCACUGCCCCUUCUUAUCAUCGAUUUUAUAAAUCAAGCCAGAAAACGCUACCGAAAGCAUUCCAUAAAGCUUUACGACGUGAUAUCUCUCUUCUAUCCACCAUUCUUCCAAAUGAUAUUAUUGUUAAAGGAUUCGAAGAUCGGAUAGAUCUUUAUUCAAUAAUGAUUAUUGGUGCAUCUGGUACACCGUAUGAACAUUGUUUAUUCUUUUUUGAUGUUGGUUUGCCAUCAAGUUAUCCUACAACCCCACCGCAGGUAAAACCAAAAAUGGGAAUCAGAAUUUGUGAAUUACUGAAAUGUAUGUUUAUUAUAUUUUUUAAAAAUUAAUACCAUGAAUUGAUCAAUAUCAGACCACCAUUGCAAAUUUGGAUGCACUGGAUAGCCAUUUCAUCCUAGUAUGAGGUCCCUCAACAGUUCAGAUCCAUGACUUCGCACUCGGGGAGCAAACCCAAAACCCUCCGUCUAGCACACCUAUAUUCAACAUCUAGACCACUGAGUUGGCAUCCAGCGGUGUUUCGCUAUAUUCGAGUAUACGUUGAUGUUCAACUUUCGACCACUAAGUUACAUUUACUAGUCCAGCUUCAUUUACGUCGGUUUGAGCAGUUGGGUAGUAUCAUUGUCCCUCACUCAUAAAGUCUCUCAAAAGUGGUACACGAAUCUGUACUUAAUUAUUUAUUUACAGCAUAGUUGAUUCGUUCAACUUCAAACCAUCUGCUACAUUUUUGAAUCCUCAUGCUUCCACUUAGUUCGAACAGCCGUGUAAAAGUUUUGCUCCUCUACAUAAACAGUUCCUUCAACGAAGUACAUGGUCGUACGUAUUCUUGGACUAAAUAAAUACAUUAGUAUUGAAAUUCUGUACUUUUUCUAACAUGGUAUUCAGUUUUACCAAAAAUAAAAAUCUUACUAUUGCAUUAACUGACAAUAUUUUUUUAAAUAAAUCGAACUUAAGUCCCUUGGAAUAUGCAAUUACAAGCUUUAAAAUGGAGUGACACUUGUCUUUCUUUGGUUACUCAGUUAUUGAACAAUUUGUAUAUAUAUAUAUAUAUAAUUCAAGUUGUUUUACCAUACACACUUUCAAUGAAAUAACGAUCAAUGAAGAAGGGCAUAAGGUUAGUGUGAAAAUCGACAUAUACUGAUUAUUUUUAGUGAUUAUCGUCUCCAUUUUGAACUCAUUAUUGCGAUUGAUUGAGAGAGAUUCUCUUAAUACAAUAUCGAAUUUACAUGAACUAGACGAUAAAUACACUAAAACACUUCAAAAACAAUUGCGCCUGUGUGAUACACUUGGGAAAAACCUUAAUGUUUAAGGUGACAUGUUUAAAAGGGGCAGUCCUCUGUUUUUUUUAGCAACAAAUGGAUGAUCUUUGAGACGCAAUAACAUAUACAGGCAAAGGACGAAAACAACCGGUCAGAUAACCUCGAAGUUCAGUGGUGAAUCAAGAAUAGGAGAAAAGCUACUGUGGAUUUCUUAACAUGUUCAAAUUAGCAUUCAACAGCGAAAAUUAGAUAAUUUGAUGUAUUUCUAGUACUUUUCUUAAGAUAUAAUAUUUUAUGUGAAAAGUUUUACGAAAUAAGGUAACAAAAUGUAUUUAAAGAAAUUAGUCCCUUUUAUAAAUUUCGAUAGAACAAUGAGAAGACGGAGUUGAUCUGAAAAAUGUGAUGUAUUUGCGCUAUACAUAUUCAUAGCAAGAUUCAUGAUUCACUUUACCACCGAUUGAUAGUGUAGUCGGGUAAAAUGUUUUUUUAUAGGUUCAUUUUUUCUCACUGUCAUUGACUUAGUCUUUAAUGUGUAUACAGUAAGAGAGACUGGUUAUUCGAAGUUCUAUUCGAAAAUCAUGAUCAGUAAAGCCAACCAAGCUAAUAUUUAUUAAACAUUAACUUACGGAUAUACCUAAUGUACUGUAUGGUCAAGGAGUGAAUUCAAAAGACUGGAAUACCAAAUUAAGAUUCAGUGGUUUAAAUUCAAUGUGCUCACCACGAGAGCUAAAUCUUCUGCGUCCAGUCCUCAUUGUGGUCGUGAAUAUACAUUCUUGCAACGUCCUAAACAACAAUUACGAAGUUGUUUUGGCACUCUACUGUUUUUCAUUAGUUAUUCCACCUUAAACACUACCAUUGCCUUACUUUUUUGUGUAGUACUCCAAGAUAUUUCUCAAUAAAUUUUCAAUUAAAGGUACAUUAUUACAGUUUUGGCAAUGAAAAAGUGAAUCCGAAUUUGUAUGUUGAUGGACAUAUUUGUCUGUCUUUACUGGGUACAUGGAAUGGUCAGGGCAGUGAGAAUUGGAGUGCUGAAACGUCCAAUUUAUUACAACUAGCUAUAUCAAUUCAGGGUGAGAUUGAUAAAUAUUUCUCAUUAUUAGAUUAAUUGUUUUAUUACAGCUUUAUACCAUUAAAAAGAAGGAUAUAUUUGUAAAAUCUCAGCGAAUGAAUUUUAAGUAAAUCCAACGUUUCGCCUGGCAAUAUGGUCCAAGCUUUUUCAAGGAAAAUAUAAUCAAAAAACAAAAUUAUCGAAUAUAAAUAGGUACAUGGUUCUUCGGUUUACUGUAUACUGAAUAAGUCAUCCAAUCAACGUGAAGAAUUUUUUAUAAAUAGGUAUUUGUAUUAAUGUGUAAGAGACAUGUUUAUAUGAAAAUACCAUGAUUAUUAUGUGAGUGCUUUAAUAGUUUGCAUUACAGACUGGCUUAAACUAGGACAAUACUAAAAACCAGAAAAGAUUGCUAGGCGGCUAUGUUUUCUUAAUUUUUGACGGUCUAACAUUGUGUACCCCGGAUCACCAACUAAUUUCUCGUCUAGUGUUUUUUUCUUUAACAUCUAGAAAGGAUGAGAUUAAGUUUUGAGCAAUUCGUAUGACUACUACUACUUUCGUUGUUUUGAGUAGUUUAGAAUUCAUCAAGAAAGUUUUCUGAGUGAUAAUGGCAUUUAUCAUCGAGUCAGCUGAUUUAAUACUUUAAGUAUCUUGAGAGUGUGAAAUAGUCAAAACGCAAAUAUCCCACUACUUUCUGUCUAUAAUUUAUAUUGUAUUAAUCCGAAUCCGUAUAUUAUAUUUAAUUCAGUCCACUGUUCAUGGUAAUACACAAAAUUUGAUAUAUUGAGUUUCCUACCAUCUUUUCUUUCCCUACAGGUUUGAUUCUUAAUUCAGAACCGUAUUUUAAUGAAGCUGGUUAUGAAGAGCGACGUACGGAUCCAAUCUAUCAAGAACAAAGUCGUAUUUAUAAUGAGGCUGUGAUAGCAUUAAAUCUGCAAUCAAUGAUAAGUAUUGUACAAAAUCCUUUCCCUAUUUUCCGUAAAGAAAUUAUCAAACAUUGUGUUGAUAAAUGUAAAAAGUAAGUAAUUUGUAUGUAAAAUCUAGAUCAAAUUUUAAGUAGUUUAUUUCCUAUUACGACAAAAGUGGUCUAUACUUUAACGCUAAUUCGUCCGCAUUUCAGCCUCCUAUCUCACAAGCACGUCAGAACACAUGAACUGCAAGCAGAUAAAACUUCUAUUCCACUUAUAACAUAGAUUAAAUACCCAAAACCAUCGUAACAUAGAUAGGAAAAAACGGCAUUUUUAUGGCUACGUAUGCGAGAGAAAUAUUAGUAAUGUUAGUCCCAUAGUUAAUUUGCAAUAGCUUUAAGAGUUCAAACAUAUGAAAACAGUUUAUAUGUCAACUGAAAGCUUACAAUAUGGGGAAUAUAAAAAUAUCCUAAUUCAAAUAUUUAAUAGUUAUGUAGUAACAGUGUAAAUUACAAUCCUCCACAAGAUAGCACCGUAAGUUUUACUUUCAAAAAUUUACUUCGUUAUAACAAUCAUGUCACUAUAGAAUCAAACCAUCGAGGAAUAAUUAUGCAAUUGUCUAUGCUACGUUCUUAUUACUUAGAUAAAGUUCACUAACCACCCUUUUUUCGAACUCUUAAGUGUGUUAUCCUUUUUAUUAUUAGUAGUUAUAAAUUAGACGUGUCGUCUCUGUUAGUGGUUCAUUGUUUUGUAAAUAUUCAAUUAAAACUUAUGAUAUAGUCAUGUCUAAAAUAUUUAUGUUUUUUGGUGGACAAAGCAAGUCAAAUGUACCAUGUUCUUUUUCGUCGAUAGACUAAUCACAUAAUUGCCCAACUACAAUCCGAAUCUUAAGUAAUAAUUUGAUUCAUUGGUUAUUGUACUUUUUUUCCUGAAUGUUUUCAAAAUCUGUAGCUGAAUAACUGUACAGUAUUUUAGGACAGUCAACAGUGUAGUUGGAGCUAAACUUAAGACAAGGAUGAAAACGGCAAUAAGUUUCUAGUCACAAAGCUUAUCGAUGCUGUCUGCGAAAAAAAAUUCCUAAAUAUACAAAGUGGUUGAGAUACUGACAUAUAAACGUCUUAUACGCCAGCUUCCAAACGGCUACCGAGUAAGAAGACUGACAGCGGUAAAUAAUAUUUGUUGAGAUUAACCUAAUCAAAUCAAUAAGCACUUAUAUAUAUAUAUAUAUUCUUAAGAAACGAAACCAUUUCGCGGCUAAUGACAUGCACUUGUUAUUAGAUUCUUGAACGACACAAUGUGGCUUUUUCAUUUGGUGACUUGUGGUUGGUCCACUGUAUCAACUAAUACCAUGAUUUUCCAGUUGUAUGGAUUUAGCUUCAAUUGACUCAUGAUUUCAACCAAUGAAAUUUCUAAAAAAAAUCUCCACAAAACCCAUUCUGAUAAUAUCAUUAAUUGUUGGUCUGAACUAUGUUAGUAGAUACAGACUACCUGGUUUGGGGUGGUUAUGCUCGAUAACCCAGGUCAUUGAUUGCAGCUAUUGAGUGGCAUUGCGCAAAAUAGAUUGCAGUGUCCCAAAUUUAUUUACGUUUUGUUCUCUCCUUAAUUUUGAGUUCCAUUACUCCAUCAUGCAUUUAAUUCUGGCUUUUUGAACCAUAUUCUCAACAUUUAGUCUGACUCAUUAACAUUGCUUCCUCAUUAUUUAAAUACACUUGCUAAUCACUGUAUUUAAUCUUGUUUUUCUAAAAUGGUAUGUCAAGUUGAACCAACGUUAACUAUAACUGACUGAUUGUAUUGUACUUUUGACCUUGUUCUUUCGUGUUGUUGAUCCACUGUCCCUGUGUUUAAUAUCAAGUUGUAUACUUUAUCUUCAAAAAGAGUGUUCAUAUUUUAAAACAUUGAAUUGCUUACUAUGCCUAUUUAUUGACUUUUUUCAUAGAUAUCUAUCUUUAUUAGAAAAUUGGGCCUCACUGGAUUCUGUAGAAUAUGAACGUAUCAAAUCAAUCGAUCAGUCGUCAAGUUCAUCUUCAACUGAAGAAAAGAAACUUCUUUUACCAGGAUUUUCAUUACCACCAGUGUCAAAAGGUUUCCAGUUAUCGAUUAGACGACAUUCAAUUGUAUUAUCAAAUUUAAUAAAAUCCUACAUAGAUUUGAAUUAUACUACAAAUACAGAAUAGUGAAUUUCGAACUAACUACAUUCUAUGCCUUGCUUACGUUUUCUUUGUAGCCAGGUAAUAUUUAUGCUUUCGACUACUUUGUCCUCUCAGAUUCUCUUUAUUUACAUAAUUUGGUUCUGUGUCACUAUGUGUGUGCAAGCACUUAGUCAUUUACACGAGAUUUUGUUUUAAAAUUUCUAACUUUCCUGGUGCUUCCUUCUUUGUGUUCAUAUCUUUACAAAAAACAUAUUUGUACCGUUGCAUAUAUUAUGUAAUAUAGAUACUUGUUGGACGCUUUUUGUAAGAGAAGUAUGAAACCCACGGGCGUUUUCCUAACAAAUAUGCAUUCUAUCUGGUACGUCUUUCACGUUCAGUUCCACUUCCAAGUGUGUAAUUGGUAUGAUUGUUAUUUUUACUCCUUGCUUUUAGUUGUCACUUACUAAACUCUUUUGUUUUGGUCAGUGUUCCAUUGCUUUUCUACUCUUUUCUGUUUCGUUACUCUACUCUUAUUUACUAUUAUGCAUUGUUUAUUUUGAAAAUACUCUAUUCUAAUACUACUUAUUACAGUAACAACAAAUUAAUGUUCUUCUGCCCAUUCGAUGUUGUUUUGCAACUGUGUUUAUGAGUACACUUGGUGUGUAGCGAUUUAUUGUAUCCUGCCUUUAUAUAUACAUAUAUAAGAAAACCGUGUUUAUGGUAACAUUCCUUUUCAAUUUGUGCGUAUUGACUCUCACACUUUCCAUACAUAUAUAUAAUUGCCUGAUAAUUUCCCAUUAAAACAUUUCAACCAUAAAUUGUUAAACGUUUUGUACAAGAAAUAUGAAACCCACGGGUAGUUUCAUAAACAAUAUGUAUUCUUUCUGGGAUAAAAUAAGAAUAAAAUCAUUUGCCGUUCGCCUCCCCAUGGCGCUGCUGGAUAGUAGAGCGAACCUUGCUAGAUAACUUGGGAGGUCGGCAGAGAUCGGACUAAUCCACCGCUCUGCUGUAAACCGGAACCAUGGGGUUCCACUCUUGGGGCUAACAAUCUCGUGGGCUUCCCCAUGUGUUUGCUUAUGUAUAUG